CAUAUUUUUAUAUAUUUUAUUUUACAAAUAUUUACAUUAUAAUCCACUACCAUGCUAGUCCCUGAGCCUGGCGCGGCCGGCGGCGGAGUCGUGCUCAGGAUCGUGAGUCCUGAGGGACAGACCUUCGUCUCCUACUUCCCAGAAGACAUGCUUAUCGAGGAGAUCAAAAACCGCGCCAUCGAUUAUUUCUACCCGGGCGGAGAGAACGGGGCUACGCGGUUCAAAAUCGUGCGAGUCUCCGACACGACCACUCUUCACGACUUCUUAACCUUAAGUCAGGAGGAUCUGGGCAUGCAGGAGGAGCUGCUAUUGGUGGAACGAAGGUCACCAGAGGCAGGGGCUUUAUGGGACCUCGGAGCCGUGAGGGCGCCACAAGCCAGCGCCAUCGCCGCCGCCACUGCCAGCCUUCCUACCCCCCAGAGCACAGUCCCGCAACCCAAUCUACAAUCGCUACUCUCCACCAACGAACUGUCUUUCGAGCUUCGCAAGAUCCUCAUCUCGCUUAUAGAAGCUGGCGCGAGGCUGGCAGCGUCCAGCAGAAACUAUGAGAACAGUUUAGCGCAACUGACUGCGGCUCUUGACGAAACUAGGCAGCAGCGGCCGGCCGUCAUUGAAGUGGUGACGCCAGAGCAUAUUGCUAGUAGAACGCAAGGCGUGGAAGAGGAACCAGUGGUGGAAACGGCGCCAGAACCGCCCACAGAACCGGGUCAAGAUUGCUUCCGUCGCGCGGAGCAUUUGCAAAGGUUCUUGGAGAAAUUCCGCGAAUGGCGCAUCAGGAUCGCUGAACCACCCACCGCGGAGGCCUUAGCUGCGUUGAAAGACUUGGGGUUUAAAGACGAAGAAGCAGAUCAGGCGUUAAGAGUGACAGGUUCUAACGUGCCGGCGGCGGCGUCCUGGCUGAUCGGAGAGCGCGGUUCCAGUAUCUUCGAGCUGGUCAACGGUCUGCCGGACGGGGCCAUCCUGCAGACGCUGCUGAAGCAACCGCAGAUCCAGAGGGGGUUGUUGAAUACUAGAAUGUUGACAGCGUUCAUAGCCAUGGUGGGGCAGACGGGCAGUGCGUCUUUGUGGUUGAAUUCUCCUCAUGGAAGUCCGUUAUUGUCUCAGAUUUCAAGGACAUAUCACUCGGAGAAGUACUGCAUGGCUGUGAACCAGUUCUCUGAAGCGAUGACUCAGCAGGUUCCGCCGACAGCUCCUUCUACGUCGCGACAGAGGAACUAACAAAUUUUA